AACUCUGGCUAGAGAACAACACCUGUGGAGUUUCACACACAAACACGCAUACCCAAGUGACUAUGAAGUUGACUAUCCUGAUCUGUGUAUCUGUUGUCAUUUGCCUCUCUGUGGCAGAGCCACAGCCCCGAGAGGCCAUAUGUUCUGAGUCCGAUAAUAAUGGCCUGUGUUCCCGCGAAUACAAUCCAGUGUGUGGAGAUGACGGCAUAACAUACUCAAAUGAGUGCAUGCUUUGCUGGGACAACAGUGUCCGUAACCAGAAAGUCAAAGUAAUGUUCGAAGGAAAAUGUGAGAUCCCCUGAACUCACUGCUGUUACAGCUAUAGCAUCCAGAAUGGCUUUCCAGUUGGAAUACAUUAAAAACCAGCUGAGCAUGAUGCUCCAUCAUAGAUUAGCCUGUAAACCUCUUUAAGGUUAUACACUAUUGGAACUUUAUGAAACAAUGCCUUAUCAUGUAAUGUAAAGCAAUAAAAAAAAUCAAGCAUUUAA